AUGGGUCCAAAUAAUAUUAUGGUGAAUAGCGCUUUUUUCUUCGCACCACAUCUUUCAGGCGCCUACGAAACAGUUCCAGAGUCGCCCGAUCACAAGGUUUUUCAGGUGCAUAUCCCUAACUAUCAGAUGUUGAACUCAUCUAUCGUUGAGUCUAUGCCAGAUAACGAUAUCAUGUCGUCUCUUGCGCUUACGAACGGAAUGAACGAAGAAAAAACUUUUCAACAGUGGUUAGCAGCUACAAACAAUUCUUUAACUGCUCCUGUAAUGCAACAACUCCAGAGUCCACUUGAUGAAGAAUCUUUUAUGAUGGAUGAAGCUCUCUUUUCAUCUUCUGAUGUGAUGUUAAGUAGUCCAACAGAAGAAAAGCCUUGUUUAGACUCCCCAGUAGACUCAAAUUUUGGAGAGAACGACAGUCCAAAGAUGUUGAGUGGUACUUUUGAUGACAGCAUCCUUUUAGAUGACGCUUUACAUUCUUCUUUGGGUUUCUUUUCUGAAUCCGGUUUUCCUCCCUUAGCUGAUGCUAGCGCCUUGGCAAUGGCCAUGCAAUGUCAUUCAACUUCUUCCCCUCGCAAUAGGAAGAUUAAACAUGAAGAUUUUGAAACUUAUAUAAAGCUCGAACAACCUGACAAUGAACAACAAUUAUCACAAUCAUCAAGCUGCGGUACUUCACGUCAUGAAUCAGACGCAUCUCCUGUUAAUACAACAUCGACUCAUACUUCACCUUUUUCUACAGCACCUCCUUCACCAAUUCAACAACAGACAAACACGGCAUCAUCAACAUCGACAACGGUUGUCUCCCCUUCGGCUGUAAAUCCUCUACCUUCAUCGCCUCAAAAAUCAAAAUCAACGACGACAAAGAAACAUACCAGCUCAAAACCUCCUCGUAAUCUUGAAUGUUACAAUUGCGGUGUUAACAAGACACCCCUUUGGCGUCGAACUCCCGACAGAAUGCAUUCCUUAUGCAACGCAUGCGGUUUAUACUACAAACAAUAUAAUACCCAUCGUCCUUUACAUAUCAGAAAUAAGCCAAGUUCUAAUGCCGGACCUUAUACGCUUCCAGCCUCAAGGAAAAACACAGCAUCGAGUACAUCGAGUGAGGUUGUUUCGAAUGUCGUCCCCACAGCGAAUGAAGCACCCAUUCGUUGCGUCAACUGCGCUCAAACUCAGACACCAUUAUGGCGAAAGAACGAGAAGGGUCAACCUAUUUGUAAUGCUUGUGGACUAUAUGCAAAGUUGCAUAACAGGGAUCGUCCUGUCGCGAUGCGAAAGGCAAAGAUUCAACGUCGCCGACGGGAUUGGGGGGCCGCCAAUGGGAAUCCAAACGGUAGCCUUGAUGGUUCUUCGGAUGGUUCAUGCGAAUCUAAUCCUCAGAGCCCAACUUCUCCUCAACAACCACAUCUUACUAUCCAAACCCUUUUACCAGGACAACGUCCCAUUAUGCCCAUGAUGAUCCCUCAAUCACAGCUCGUGACCUCCCCAGUUUCAAUGGUGCCGCAGUCUCAGCCCACAUAUACCGUCCCUUACAUGCCUCCACAAUUCGAUUUUGAUGAUUCUCGAUUUAAAGCAUUAGUUGGAAAAAUGUCGCGAAAACAAGUUGAGGGAUUUCUAGGCGUUUUGGAGCGAAGGUGCGACAUCUUGAAACAGGUUUUGACCGAAGAACAUGAUUGUUGA